CGCAACAGUGUGCUCCACGUCAAGUCGGCAAGAUGAACGCUGUCCUGUGUCUCCUCCUGUGCUGGGCCCCACUUCGACUACAGGCUGUACAGCCCAAUGGAGAAGUGUUCGUGCGGAAUCCAAAGGAAUCGAACUUCUACAUGGAUCGCAUCCUGCUGACAGACAUGAUUGCGCAAGUUCGCUUCCUAGACCUGGACCCGUUCCAUUUGCCACCAUUUGAGACAGACUUCAAGGACAGCAUCCUGGGAAUUCCCGUCCACGGCCACGCCAAAUUUGUAAACGGCACUCUACGUGGUCUAUCGCGCGUCAACCGUUUCGGUGACUGCACGGCCCCCGGCUGGCUUAACGGCAACAUCACGGUCACAUGCAACCUGCUAAUUGACGACCUGGACAUCAUAUACGACGCGCGCGUCAAGUACGGCGUAGUGCCCGAACUGCGCGCGCGCGUUGAGUCGCGAGUGGGCACGUGCUACGCCCACAUGGAGGCCACCGCGGCACCAGGAAAACCGGCCGUGCUGCGCUCUUUCCAGAUUACGGGUCUCGGUGACCUCGACACCAAGUGGUCGGGUCUUGGACCACUGAACCCUUACCUGAGCAGCAUCAACGAAGACUACCGCGCUAACAUCGCUGGCGUAGUCUACAGUACUUUCUACAGCAGUUACAAGGUUGCCCUGGACCGCUCUCUGUCGCACGAGCCUAUGCCUAAGCCUUGAAGCAGGAAAACGUCUUCUGAGAGCAGACAUCACGCUUGGAAGCUGAAGCC